AAGACAGUUGCGUGGCGUGGGGCGCCGCGAGGGCGCUGUGCUCUCAGAAGCUGUUACGCCGGCCCGAUUUUCCGCUGCUGUAUAAGGAGUAGCCCUUCGGUAGCCGGGGAGCUGGAGGGGAACCUGAUUUGGGAUCAUUUCUUGGAGAACACAAAGAAGUGUGGUGGUAUGUUCCAGUGUUGUGAUUAAGCGUGUAUACUCUGGAGCCAGACCGCUUGGAUUUGGAUUCUAGCUCCACCACUUCCCAGCUGUGUGACCUUGAGAUUGAACCAGCUGCCCUUUGACCCUGCCAACAACAACGAACCCCUGCAGUUUGGUAGUGCCAGUGGCCCUCUGGUCACAGAAGGCCUCAUUGAGAAUGGAGGGGAGUCAAGCAAGAAAAGAAAGAGAACAAAUGCUCCUUCAGAAAUGACUAGAGGGCUAAGUCCACGGUGCAGUACUACACAAUGCAAAGAGAUUUUAUUUGGCUGUGGGUCUAUGAAAUAGGCUUUGCAGCUGAUAAUAGUAGAACUCUGAAUGUGGAUUCCACUGCAAUGACGCUACCUAUGUCUGAUCCAACUGCAUGGGCCACAGCAAUGAAUAAUCUUGGAAUGGCACCCCUGGGAAUCGCUGGACAACCAAUUUUACCUGAUUUUGAUCCUGCUCUUGGAAUGAUGACUGGAAUUCCACCAAUAACUCCAAUGAUGCCUGGCUUAGGAAUAGUACCUCCUCCAAUUCCACCAGAUAUGCCAGUAGUAAAAGAGAUCAUACACUGUAAAAGCUGCACGCUUUUCCCUCCAAAUCCAAAUCUUCCACCUCCUGCAACUCGAGAACGACCACCAGGGUGCAAAACAGUAUUUGUGGGUGGCCUGCCUGAAAAUGGGACAGAGCAGAUCAUUGUGGAAGUGUUCGAACAGUGUGGAGAGAUCAUUGCUAUUCGGAAGAGCAAAAAGAACUUUUGUCACAUUCGCUUUGCUGAGGAAUACAUGGUGGACAAAGCCCUUUAUCUUUCUGGUUACCGCAUUCGCCUGGGCUCUAGCACUGACAAGAAGGACACAGGCCGGCUCCAUGUUGAUUUUGCACAGGCUCGAGAUGACCUGUAUGAGUGGGAAUGCAAACAGCGUAUGCUCGCAAGGGAGGAGCGCCACCGCAGAAGGAUGGAAGAAGAAAGAUUGCGCCCACCAUCCCCACCACCAGUGGUCCACUAUUCAGAUCACGAAUGCAGCAUUGUUGCUGAAAAACUAAAAGAUGAUUCCAAAUUCUCAGAAGCUGUACAGACCUUGCUCACCUGGAUUGAACGAGGAGAGGUGAACCGUCGCAGCGCCAACAACUUCUACUCUAUGAUCCAGUCAGCCAACAGCCACGUUCGCCGCCUCGUGAACGAGAAAGCUGCCCAUGAGAAAGACAUGGAAGAAGCAAAGGAGAAAUUCAAGCAGGCCCUUUCUGGAAUUCUCAUUCAAUUUGAGCAGAUAGUAGCUGUGUACCAUUCUGCCUCCAAACAGAAGGCAUGGGACCAUUUCACAAAAGCCCAGCGUAAAAACAUCAGCGUUUGGUGCAAACAAGCUGAGGAAAUUCGCAACAUACAUAAUGAUGAAUUAAUGGGAAUCAGGCGAGAAGAAGAAAUGGAGAUGUCUGAUGACGAAAUAGAAGAAACCACAGAAACAAAAGAAACUGAGGAAUCAGCCUUAGUAUCACAGGCAGAAGCUCUGAAGGAAGAAAAUGACAGCCUCCGUUGGCAGCUCGAUGCCUAUCGGAAUGAGGUAGAAUUGCUCAAGCAAGAACAAGGCAAAGCCCCCAGAGAAGACGACCCAAACAAGGAACAGCAGCUGAAACUCCUGCAGCAAGCCCUGCAAGGAAUGCAACAGCAUCUACUCAAAGUCCAAGAGGAAUACAAAAGGAAAGAAGCUGAACUUGAAAAAGUCAAGGAUGACAAGUUGCAGGUGGAAAAAAUGUUGGAAAAUCUUAAAGAAAAGGAAAGCUGUGCUACUAGACUGUGUACAUCGAGCCAGGACAGUGACUAUCCUCUUGAGAAGACCCUGAACAGCAGUCCUAUCAAAUCUGAACGUGAAGCACUGCUCGUGGGGAUUAUUUCCACAUUUCUUCAUGUCCACCCAUUUGGAGCAAGCAUUGAAUACAUCUGUUCCUACUUGCACCGUCUAGAUAAUAAGAUCUGCACCAGCGAUGUGGAGUGUCUCAUGGGCCGGCUGCAGCACACCUUCAGGCAGGAAAUGACCGGGGUCGGAGCCAGUCUGGAGAAGAGGUGGAAGUUCUGCGGCUUCGAGGGCCUGAAACUGACCUGAAUGCCGCGGCCUCACGGCCUGGGCUCCUGCAGAGAAAUGUGCGGUGGACGUGCCGAGAAAGUGAUUUGUAUUCUCAAUGGUUUUCAAGUGGGAAGUGCUUUAAAUUUGCCAGGUCGUUCCCGGAAUAUCUUUUGAGUUAAAAUAAGGAUCCUAGAGCAGCACCUCGAGCUACAGGCCCUAAAAAGACACAGACUCAGACCCUCAAGCGCUGUAACUUGCUCCCUUUCUGUCAGUGGCUUGUCUCUUUUAUUAGUGAUAUUGAAAAAGGCCUGAGGCUAAAGAGUAUUUGGGGUGUUUUCAGUGUCUGUACUACUGUCGUAGAGUUUGGUAUUUUUUUAAACACUGUUAAUUGAAAUGUUUUGAUGAUUUGUAUGUGAUUUGUGUUUCAAAACUUCUCUUCACAUUAAUGUGAACUGACACGGUCUUUCCAACCCCCAGUAAGCCAGUAAAUGAAUAACACAGCGUCUUCUAGAAGGCGCCUGACCAGGCUCUCCCCUUUUAAAAGACAAAGCAUGGUUUGUGGCUUUUUGCAAAAUUACUGUGAACCAAAAGUUGACAAAUGUUCCGAAGUUAUUUUCUCUAAUAUAUCAGAUUAAAAACAUCUAGAUGUAUUCUCAGAAGGCAAGUGUCCAGUAUGACUGGCAUGUGUAUGUGCUAUUCAGAAUCACCUUGUAAAUAGUCUGCUUUUAAAGGAGGGCAUGUUUAGUUUUCUAUGAAUUAAAACACACGUGUGCGCAUGUGCACAUGCACGUACACACACGUUAGCAGAAGGGAUUCAUUCUAAUAUGCCUUCCCUCUGGCCUUCUUACAAAGUCUGUUGGUCCCUUUUCUUCUGCCAUCAGCGUGUUGAAUUGCAAACCGUGUACUGCUGUAAAUACUAUGUUCACUUCAAGCUGAAUGUUUGCAAACAGUUGAUAUGAGUAUUAGUAGAAAACUCCUGGUAAUGAAUGAGCCCGGGUUUGUGAGGCUUCGUGCAAAUAGCUCAGCUCUGCCUGGAGCGCCGAUGGCCGGGGGCACCUCCAGUUCUAUGGUGCCCACCCAGCAGGUUGCAAUGGCAGAGUGUACGUGGACCAGUCAGGAAGUCCUGCUUGAUGGAAACGAAAGAGAAAGGGUGAGGAUUUGGGGCUAAUAUCCUGAGGCACAGAUGAUCUUUUCUUCUGUGGUGUUGCUGGUGCUUGUAGUAACACAAGCAUGCCCUCCCUUGAGUCUUGAUUCAGAAUAAAAGAAUGUACUAAGUAAGCAAAGCCAAUGAAGAGUGUUUCAGGAAAAUACUUUGUAAAUGAGAUGUCCGUAGUGUGUUCAAAGUUGUAUUUUUCAAAGAUAAAUAUUUCUUUUUUAUACUUCAGUUUGGUGUUCUGUUUUGAAUUACUUGCUCUCUGAUC